UCCAUGAGCGAAUCUGGAGACGUCCAAGCACAGGAGAAACUUUCAAAGAAGGCUUUGCGUAAACUUAAUCGAGGCGUUGAGAAGCUUUCUACAGAAGACCUUAUUCACCGCAUUGAAAGCGCCUCAGCUCGCUACGGUGUUCUUCCGUUACAUCAGUCGCAGUGCAAGAAUGGUCCUGAGUAUGUUGAUCUUAGACAACUUGCAUCUGUGUACUUGGAGAACAAGCAUGUCUGGAUACGCGGGCGCUUACACCGGAGCCGAAUGAAGGGGAAGCUUUGCUUCUUUGUCGUACGGUUUCAAGACUUCAGGGUGCAAAACGUGCUCUCAGUUUCCCCGGAAACUCCUAAAGAAAUGCUAACUUUUGUCGCAGGAAUAUCGAAGGAGUCGAUAGUCGAUGUGUAUGGAUGUGUCAAGACAAGUCCGGUGGUAAUUGAAGGCUGUCAUCCAGAUAAGGUUGAGAUACAUGCCGAACGGGUCUAUGUGGUGAGCGCGGCUCUUCCCACAUUGCCUUUGCAAAUCGAGGAUGCGAUGCGCGCGGAAGAUGAUGAAACAGCCCUCAGUCGAGUGAAUCAAGAUACCCGAUUGGACAAUCGCUGUAUCGACUUGCGUACACCUGUAAAUCAAGCCAUUUACCGUGUUGAAGCUGGUGUUGUACGUUUUUUCAUGGAUUAUUUAACAAAAGCCGGUUUCGUCAACAUUCAUACCCCCAAAAUGAUAUCAGCGGCCUCAGAGGGAGGAGCUAACGUCUUCAAGGUGUCAUAUUUCUCUGGCAGUGCUUACCUGGCUCAGUCACCCCAAUUAUACAAGCAAAUGGCAAUCGCAGCUGACUUCGGACGCGUUUUUACAGUUGGAGCCGUUUUUCGAGCCGAGGAUUCAAAUACUCACAGACAUUUGACCGAAUUUGUUGGUCUCGAUCUGGAAAUGGCUUUCAAAAAUCACUAUCACGAAGUGGUGGAUCUUAUUGCGGACAUGUUUGUAAAUAUGUUCAAAGGAUUACAAAAGGAGUGA